AUGGACAAGCAAGAACAGAACCUGCAGAAGAACAGGCAGCGCCAAGCCGAAAGAGAGCGCAAACGAGCCCUUCGAGCUUGCGACGGCUGCCGACGCCAGAAGGAGAAAUGUGACGGUGGUGUACCAUGCCGAAGGUGCACGCGCCUACGUCGACAAUGCGAGUUCUUAGGUCCUACUGCUCGAGAUGGCGAGGGUGGCGAUAGCUCUGGAAAGAAUCGAAAUGGUGCAAACAACGCUGAGCUCCUCCAGCGCAUAUCGUGUAUGGAAAAGGUCAUCUCGCAUUAUGCUGGCAAUCUUGCUCUAGACACAGAAUCACUAAAAGCCAUGGCUGCGGCGAUCGAUAACAAAACCUUUGAUGCAUCCCAAUUUCAACGACAGGUCCCGAUCAUGGAUUCUCCAAGCUCCGAAUAUCUUGGAGCGGAUGACGAGAACUACACUGUGCAGCCCCUGGACAAUAACACUACACACUACUCAGGCGAAUUCUCACAUUGGAACUUCUCAAUGCGGAUAAAGCAGUGGAUUGAGCAGUGUGUCCCAGAGCGUCACGAUGCACCAGGUCCUCUCAGCUUCAAAGAAUAUUAUCGUGCUGAGGAACUUCAGUCGGCCAACAACACACAGGCAUCACUUUCUGCUUUGCCACCUCGAUAUGUUGCCGACUUCCUGGUUCAAGCAUUCUACAAGCAUGCCGAAACCAAUUAUUUUUACGUUGAACGUGGGUGGCUCACCGAACAGAUCGACCUCAUUUACCAAAAUCCCGGUGCCUUUUCUCGACGCGAAGUCGGGACUCUCUGUAUGAUAUGGAUCAUCUUCGCUAUCGGUACUCAGUACGCAUACCUGGAUUCAAUCACAGGUAGAGAUGCACACGGAAAGUCCAAUGACUCGAGUCCAUUCUCUGAGGACACAAUCGGUGUAAUGUUCUACCAGCAAGCCUGCAAACUUGUUCCUGAUGCCAUCACAGUGGCGUCACUGGAAAGCGUUCAGGCGAUUCUGCUCAUUGGCAUCUACACCUUGCCGCUUGAUGCGUCAGGACUGUCAUACAUCUACCUUAAUCUCGCAGUGAAACUUGCUAUCCAGAACGGCAUGCACAGGAAAUGGCCUGCUGAAGGUCUUGAUCCUUACGUUCGCGAAACGAGGAAUCGUGUGUGGUGGACAGCCUAUACAACGGAGAAGCGAGUUGGUAUUUACCAUGGACGACCACUAUCCAUUCAAAGUAAGGACGUGGAUGCGGACAUGCCUGUAGAUCGACCAGAUAUCAUGCCAUCCAAUGCCACUAGUAUUGCACACAUGCUUGCGACCCUGCGAUUAAACCAAGCCCUUGGAAGAAUCGCACAUGAGAUCUCGGUGCUGCGAACCUCACAAAAGCAUGGGAUGAAUGAGGGCUUGCAGCGAGUGAUCGACAUGAAAGAGGAGCUUCGGAAGUGGUGGGACUCCCUCCCUGAAACCGCAUACCGUGACGAGGUGAAUCCCCAGAACCCAAUUUCGCGAGCAGACACACAUCUCAAGUUGGAAUAUUGCCUUCUGCGGAUGUAUGCUGGGCGACCAUUUAUCUUGCCUCGCGAAGUCGUUCGCGGCAACGGGAGCACAUCGAGUUCACCCGCCGAUUCUAACAGUCAACGCCCCAACACUCCACACAAGUCAAAUCCUCGAUCAAUCCUCGUAGCCGACUGCGUCGAGGCCGCCUUGACCAUCGUCGAUACCUGUCAUCUACUACAGAACACAAUUGGCCUUGCGCGCGCCUCAUAUACGGAAUUCAGUUCUUGCCGUGCUGCCCUGCUUGUCAUCAUUACCCAAUGCUUACAAAGGAAAACAGACCGGCUGCGUGAUGCUCUGCGUACUGGCAUGGCAAUGAUCAAGGAGAUGUCGGCAGGUGGAGAGUCAGCCCGGUCGGAAGCGUCCCUUAUCGAAGUUUUCGAACGUGCUAUAUCAAGACUUGACGCCACCCUUGAUUCAUCUGGCCGGGAGACUGAUUACUCGCGGUUUAAAAAGUGGGAGUUAUUAUGGAAGAACGAUGGGCCUGUUCCAGACUUCAGGCCAGAAGAAUCACCCGAGAGCUCGAUGGCGUUACCGCAGAACCCAAACACCUUCUGGAGAGGGAGCAUGGGCACCACUGCACGACCUGGUAUGCCAGCCAUGCAUGCUGCGAGUCCAUUUGUGGGCAUGGACGCGAAUUUCCCGUCCGUGCCUCAAGUAAUGGAUGAGUUUUCGACGCUGUUUGGAUACGGCUUUGGACCAAGCCCUGAAAACAUGGGAGGCACGGCCAAUGGAGGCAUGUGGAUGGGGCCAUGA